GGGCGGGAGUUGGAGAGAGUUGCUGGAGCUCUGUGCCUCAGUCUGAGCCGGGAGGCUGGAAAGGAAAGGACUUGCUGCACUUGGCUCCUGUCAUUCUGGGAUCGCUGGGACGCGCUGGGCUCGCUAGGACCUUACAGUGUGUGUCUGUGUGAGUUGGGACUCGGUAAAGCGCCGGAGCCGUGUGACAGGGAAUAACAUUAAGGAAAAGUCCCGGGCACGGAAUGGAGCCGUGAGGAGCUCCCGGGAGUAAGGCGGAUAGUACAAAGCUCGUUUCGGAGCCAGGGGAUGGGAAGUGCGGAUACCUAAGGGAGUUCUCUCCGGGCCCGGAUCGGAUUUUACAGCUGAGGGGAAGUUUCGGAUCCACGUUGAGCCACCUGUGCGGAUGGAGGGGCUCCGGCAGCUUCUCGGGCUUCUGCUCGUUCUCUACCGGCUCUGCUCGGCGCUGGGAAAGAACUUGGAGCCGGUGACAUGGCACUCCCAGAACCCGCGGUUUUUAUCUGGAAAGGGCUUGGUUCUGUACCCUGAAAUUGGCGACCGCCUGGACAUUAUCUGCCCUAAGGGGGACCCUUCACAGCCUUACGAAUACUAUAAAUUGUACAUGGUGCGCCGGGAUCAGUUGGAAUCGUGCAGCACGGUCAUGGAUCCCAACGUUUUGGUGACGUGCAACCAGCCUGGGAAGGAAUACCGCUUCACUAUUAAGUUCCAAGAGUUCAGCCCCAACUACAUGGGCCUCGAGUUCCGAAGAAACGUGGACUAUUUCAUCACCUCCACCUCCAAUGGCACUCUCCAGGGCCUGGAAAACCGAGAGGGGGGCGUGUGCCAGACACGAUCCAUGAAAAUCAUCAUGAAGGUCGGCCAAGAUCCUAAUUCAGUGGCGCCGGAGCAGCUCACUACCACGCGCCCCAGCAAAGAGGCCGAUAACACAGGGAAAAUCGCAACGUUUGGGCCAUGGAAUGGCGCUGAAAACCAUGGAAAGCCAGAUACGAACCAGUCUGAUAAACCCACUUCAGGUGGGGGUGUCGACGGCUUUUUCAACUCCAAAAUUGCAGUCUUUGCAGCGAUUGGAGCAGGAUGCGUCAUCUUCAUCCUCAUCAUCAUCUUCCUGGUAGUGCUCUUAAUUAAGAUCCGCAAACGUCAUCGCAAGCACACGCAGCAGCGGGCGCCCGGCCUGUCCCUUAGCACACUGGCCAGCCCCAAAUGCAGCGGCAAUGCAGGCACCGAACCAAGUGACAUCAUCAUCCCGCUGCGGACUACAGAGAACAAUUACUGCCCACACUACGAGAAGGUGAGCGGGGACUAUGGCCACCCUGUCUACAUCGUACAGGAGAUGCCACCUCAAAGCCCCGCAAACAUUUACUACAAGGUUUGAGGAGGACUUCAGAUUUUACCCUGCUCCCCAUCUGUGGGGUGGCCAAUCCCAUAACAGGAGCAAAGGCCAAAGGUCACUCUGCAUCAAGGGACUCUGGGAGACAGAGCAAUAAGACUAACUUUUCCUAUGUUAGGUAUUUUUAUAUUGUUUGUCCUCUUUGCUCUGCUCCAUUUCCUGCCAGGGGAGUGUGAGUGAAGUGCUUCUGUCAAACAUGUCUGUACCUUGCACACCUGCUGUGGGUAUCCCUUCCAUGGAAGGCCAGAGGAGCAGCUAGGAUCUGCUAUGGUUUUUUAUUUUAUGUGAGGGGGACAGUGAUCUCAGUGGUAUUAUUAGCUGUGACCUCAUCAUGCAGUGCCCUGCGGGGUAUUAACCAGAGUGCUCGGAACAGGCUGUUACCCGGGUGGUGGCUGCAAUGCCCCUGUCUUGCACAGACUCUGCAUCCAGACAGACUUCUAUGGAUGUUCCUAGGGCACAGGCAGGAGCUGCUGCUCUAAUAAGUCUGUGAUCUGCACAGCUCCUGAGUACUGUGGCUCCUGGAUGGUGGCCCCUUUCUCCUACUUCUGGCCCUGUUUAGGUCCCAUAUUAUCCCAACUCCUGCAGUGCCUGAUACACUGGGGCAAGAACAGGUUAGGAGCCAGAGGGAACGAGUGUGCAUCUGAGCAAUCUCACACAAGCAUACACACAAGCUGUGCAUUGGUAUAUUUACUACCUGUGCACUUAUAUGCACUUAAUUGCACAUCCCUUCAUGUAUCCCAUGUUCCACGGCUUAUAAGCCCUAGUCUUGGCUAUAGGCUUCCUGUGCUGAGACAUGGACCUGAACCAGUAGCACAUCAUCUGUGCCAUUAGCAUCACUGACCCAAUCUAGUACACUAUGCUUCCAGGCCCCUCACGUGCCGACUGCCAUCACCUGACGACAAAGGCCAAUCCAAGGCUUUGUCCCAAUAUCAUUUCAACAUCUAGCGUGGGGUGUUCCAUUUAGCAGAAUGUGUAUAGGGCCCAUUCUUUCAGAAAUGGGUCCUGUCUAACAAGGUUCUCAUGUCCAGACUUAAGCUGACUGCUGUUGUAAGGUAUUAGUUGUGGGCACCUUUGGCAGUGUUGCUUGCUCCUUUGCCUUUAUCUGUAGGGGCAUGCUGUGUGGGAGCAGCAUACUAGACUAUGGCACACCAUGACAUGGUUGCACAGGGCAUUGUGCAUGUAAUGAUAUAGAAGUAGCAACAUGUCCCAUGAGGUUGCAAAUGCCCUGUUGUUCACAGCAGUAUGAAACCCAGCAGAUGGUAAGACAUGAAGGCAUGAAGUCUGAGCUCUCCAGCCAGUUAGUGUAGGGCUGCAGAAAGCGAGCACUCACCUGUUCAACUCUGCAUAGCAUUAACGCAAAUCUACUCGCUUGCACCAGCACUCACUCACCCGGUGCACUUAUCUACAUUCUAUCUGCUCCUAAACCUCCUCACGUCCAGCUACAUCUCUGUGCAAACCCACACCUGCUCUCUCACACACACGUACAGUCUGGUACACUCCCUCCUUCACAAACACACACUCUCCCUGCCAUGCUGUCCGUGUGAUUUACAGCAGAAUCCAUUUCAACAAUGUGCUGCGUGUCUGCUUUCACACUGGCGUGCUUAGUAUGUGACUGUAUGUGACCAGUGGCUUGCACUCACACACUCACUAGCCACAUCUGUGCAAACUUACUAACACACACACAGCCAAUCUAUGCAUCUGUUGCCUCACCUGGUGCAGAGACCCUACAGCUUCAAGCAAUGACUGUAAAAGGGAUGUUGGAAGUCGCAAUUUGCAUUAUCCAGAGGUCUGUAAUGGUGACUACUCCCCCCUGUAAGUUGCAGUUGGGAUGGAGAUGGUCCAUGGCUUAACUUGCCCAAACUACCUGUCUUGCUAUAGCAGUGCCAUCAGCUCAUCUGUACCCAUGGGCAGCACCAGAGCCACAUUUACUAUGCAGAGUUGUAUCUGGUGUCCUUUUGUACUGAGGCAGAUUAAAAGGGCUUGUGUGCUCUGAGGCAGCAGCUGUCUGUCUGCCCGGAGGGGCUUUGAGACAUUUGGUCUCUUGUGACAAGGAGAAAAGGCCUUAAAAUAGAAUUUAGAAAAGCACCAUACACUUGUCCCUUUGCCCCCCCAGUCACAGAGAACCCCACUUUAGGCAUUUUUUUUAAUUCCCACCACGUCUGAGGUCGUCCUUCAGAUUUUAGCUGGCAUCCAAGGUGCACAGUGCUUUUAGCACAUCAAAUACUCUUUGUAAACCUUUAGCGCUCUUAUUUAGCUUUUUUAAAGUCUCUGUACAUACAUAUUCAUUUAAACACUAGGCUGCGAAUCCUUGUUGUUAUUCUCUGUUUAAACCGCAUUGACACCUUGUUCCACUAUGUGAUCCAGGGUAGGGGAGCAAUGUGAAUCUUAGAUAUAAGCGGCUGCAAACUGGGCAUGGCGCUAACGAUCAGCUGACCCCGCUGGUCACUGCGAUGCCAUUGAGCCUGGCCGCAUAUUCCCAGUCCGGCGCAAAAACACAGCAGCAGGGCUUGAAUUCCCCUUUAGCAUCAUUAAACCCCUACAUUUUUGUUUCGCUCCCUGAUGUCUCUGUAAAUAUGUGAAAAAAAAACAAAAAAGGUGAAAAUUUAAACGUAAAUUUAUUAGCACCUUUUACUUUUUUUAAAAGAAAACGAUAAAUUGAGUUCCUUCCUGACCUUUAAAAGAUUAACUUUGAUAUUUUUUGUAAAUAAUGUGUUUUUUCUUAAAAGAAAUACUGUAAAGCUGUUUUGUAUAAACUAAAAUUUAUUUUCAUUUGUUUUCUUAGUAAAAAAAAAAUCUAGAUUUUUUUUUUGUUUUUAUUUUUAAAGCAGGUCCCUCCCCCCUCAACCCCCCCCCCCCCCCCAGCGCAUAUCUAUUACACACAUCACCCUAAAUGUUUCAUAUGUAUUCAGAGGAAAUGAAGCGGGCUUCAGUAUGGAAUGGUCCCAAUGUGGGAUACGCCAUCCGCCAUUUAGGGCUGCCACUGCAAGGAGUCCAUGUGCAUUAUUUAUAGACUGAUAAUCACAUUGUUUUUAUCUCACUGGAAUUGGCAUGGGAUCUGUGCCCACUAGGGUGCCAGUGCGAUGCCUUGCAAAGCAACAGCUGGAUCUGGCAAGCGCUCCAUCCUUGAUGGUCCAGGGUGGCUUUGCACUUGCCUAAAUCUUGAGGUGGCUUUCCUGUUAUCUUAAAGCCAUUCUGAGCAGAAGUCAGUAUUAUUGGUUUGGUGGAAAACUGUGAAAAUGAAAUGUUCGGCCCCUCUGCGUCCAUUCUUGUUAAGCUGUUUAAGGUUCACAAACUGACCUAUGGCAGUGCUUUGUCAUGCAUGUUGGCUUGGGCCCAUUCAGCUCCGUGGGCUGUGGAAACAACGCCAAAGCAGUGCUGGUAGAUAAAAGCUACACUGGAUAUCAUUAGCUUGCCGUGCCACUUCCUAGGCUUGGUUUCUGGGUCUGGUCAGAGGAAUGGGGCAUCCCGAUGCAAUCUGUGAUAAAGGAGCACAUAGGUUCCUCUUCACUGAGGUCUAGAAAUCACUCUUUCAAUCCAUUCGAAGUAAAUCUUUCACACCCUGGCUCAGUAGUAUGAGCUAAAAAUACCCUUGCUGGCACGCUGAUUACAUGUAGGAUUGUGGGUAAGGAUGGCAUUACUACAGCUCCAACCCUGCGGGUGAGAAACCAAGCAGCUGGUACAUACUAUGGAGGCAACCUCUGUUUUGGAGAAUGUAUGGCUGCCUUUUUAUUAUGUUUAUUAUCUAUUAUAUCAGUAACUCCAGCUAUGAUUCAGAUAUCUGACCCUUGAUGUGCUGCCAUUCAAGCCUUGCCAAUGGUUAGCUCUGGUCUUGCUGCCAUGAACUGUGAAGUGCAGAUGCCGUUGCUGCAGUGAUAGGAAUGGGUCUCAAUCUGUUAGGGAUGCUGUGCCACUCCCAAUGGGCAGAGUAACCUACUGACUGUUUCACAUGCCUGGGGUAAAAGUUGCCCAUUCAUGAUGAAGUGCUAUGGUAUUGUUUGGGUCAGUAUAAAUAUGAGCCAGUUGGCAGGGCAUUGCUAGGAAUUACUCAUUAAACCAUUGGGGGGGGGGGGGCUGAUAUCUUCUGCUGUACAAUCAGUUCUGCUACUAAGGGUUAUAUUCGGUUCCCCUCCCUCCCGGACUCUCUCUUUCUGUAUAUAUGAGCAUAUGGCUAGAGAAAGGUCGGGCUAUUGGGGCAUGAAGCUUGCAAUUGAUCUGUAAUGUGAUUUCUUAAUCCUCUCAGGCCUAGAUUGUUGGGCAAGCAUCCCAGCAUCUUUGUACUCCACCGAGUCACACGUUCUCUCCCCUUUCCAGCUUUGCGAUGAAACCAGUUACAUGUUAGCACACGGUUAGGAAUAAACUGAUUAAAAACACAUUAUUUUAUAUGUAUAUUAUGUAUCCUUCCCCACCCCCCACACCCAUCCUCAAAUUUUGGACUGUGCCUUCUGGACCCUGAAUUCUCGGACGGGGCUUUUGGCUCCAACCCGCUAUGCACGCCAUUUCAUGUCCGAGGCCUCCGUGACGGGAUGCUUGUCUCAUAUCACCUGGCGCAGGAGGCGGGGUUCGAUUCCAUCUCUUUUAGGGAAGAGAUUUCCGUGCACAUGUUGAGUUACUCUCUUUUUUCCUUCUCUCCAUGCUCUGAUAGUGUCUCUGUUCACUCUUCAUUCCUUAGGCACUCUCUUUUGUUUUGAUUUCUUUCAAUCUUGUUUUCACGUUUCACUUGAGACUUUGUUUCCUGUUGAAUACAUUUUGCCUUCCAGCUCUGCGGUUUAAACCACCCCAUGUCCAUGUUUAAUGCCUGGAACUCCAGUUCCCUGGAGCAAUGUUGAAAUCCUGAUUAUAUUGUUAAAUAAAGUUUUUUUCCUAUGGAAACA